CUGUGCUAGGGGAGAAACUCUUGCUGUGUUUUUGUUAGCUGCUUCUUUUCCCUGACACAGCUUGAGAGGCACCUUUACUGCAAUGGGAAGGCAAAAGGAUGCUCUUGCUAGUAUUGGGGGGUACCUGAGAGUCAGAAAUAAACUAGUCCGGCAAGCACUGGCUGAGUGCCUGGGGACGCUGAUUCUGGUGCUGUUUGGCUGCGGCUCUGUUGCACAGAUCGUGCUCAGCAGAGGGUCUCAUGGAGGCUUCCUGACUGUUAACCUGGCUUUUGGCUUUGCGGUGACGCUCGGCAUUUUGAUCUCAGGACAGAUAUCAGGUGGACACUUGAACCCAGCUGUCACUUUUGCCAUGUGCUUCUUGGCCCGGGAGCCCUGGAUCAAGCUGCCAAUUUAUGCCCUGGCCCAAACACUGGGGGCUUUCCUAGGAGCUGGCAUCGUCUUUGGGCUAUACUUUGAUGCUAUCUGGGCUUUUGGCAAAAACCAGCUGUAUGUAACAGGAGAGAAUGGUACUGCUGGUAUCUUUGCCACGUACCCAUCUGAGCAUCUGAACAUUGUGAAUGGAUUCUUUGACCAGUUCAUUGGCACUGCCUCCCUGAUUGUUUGUGUCUUGGCUAUUGUGGAUCCCUACAACAACCCUGUCCCCAUAGGGCUGGAAGCUUUCACAAUUGGCUUUGUUGUUCUUGUUAUUGGAACCUCCAUGGGCUUCAACUCUGGCUACGCUGUCAACCCUGCCAGGGACUUCGGGCCUCGUCUCUUCACAGCCAUUGCUGGCUGGGGCUCUGAGGUAUUCUGGACUGGUAAGCAGUGGUGGUGGGUCCCAGUUGUUGCUCCUCUGCUUGGUGCCAUUGGAGGAGUGAUAGUCUAUCAGCUGAUGAUUGGAUGUCAUGAUGAGCCUUCUCCACCUGCCUCUGAACAGGAAACAGUCAAGUUGGCUAAUGUGAAGCACGGGGAAAGGGUCUGAGAAAGCUGCCACUUAGGACUGGCAGACAUGUUACUCAGGACUACAGUCAGAAAAGAGGAGAAAGGAGUCAAGGAGAGCUUUAAGAACAACAGGAAGAAAUUUUGUUUUUCUUUCCCUCCUUCUUCCCCCCCCCCACCCCCCAAUCCCAUUUUGAGAUAUUCUAGCCUAGUUUCUCUGUACAGACCUGAUGCAUUUUCUUUAGACAUUUUUCCUGUGAGCCAUUCUCCAAAUGCAAAGAUAUCAUGUAAUCCUUUCCUAGUAAAAGGGGGUUGAGGAUUGUAGGAAUCUAAAGAGCUGGGCGUUGCUGUCCAGUACCUCCAAUUCAGGUUGGGCAUUCAGCAUCUGCAGCUCUCCUGGGCUAUGUUGCUGGCCUAGUGGGUUAACUUGGCAAAUCAUUUCCCUCCAAGUCUGUGUUCCCAUCUGCAAGGUGAGAAUGGUGCAAAAUGUAAAUUGCUUUGCCAGCUUAGAAUGGAGAAUCUUACAUUCUGGGGCGGGGAAGGGGGAAGGAAUCAGUCUGUUUCCAUGAUGGAUCAAAUUCAUGUUUGGUGUAGCUCUGAAGUCAAUGACUUGACACUAGGAGUGAACUUGUCUAAAAGAUUUUAAUUGGCCAGACUUUUCUUGCCUCCCAGGAACUCCCAGAAUAUCAUAUAAGUCAGUUGAUUCAUAAUCUUAGAGCAGAGAACGAGAAUGCACUGGAUUUUAACUUAAUAUUAAGACAAAAUGUUUACAAACCACUGCAUCCUGUUUUAAUCACAAUUUUUAAUAUUGUCAGGUCACAGAAGGUAACACACAAUAAAUCCGUGUUUUAGCCAGGGGCUAACCUGUUAAGAAAGUCUGGCUCCCUGUAGCAGCCUUUCUAAUCAAUCAGCUUUGUAUAUAAACUGCAAUUAGCUAAUAGCCAAGUUCCACUGAAAACAUGGUGUCACUAAAGUUGUAUGUGUUCAUGUAAGUGUCACAAGUGUUUUUUGUUGGUUUUUUUUUAUAGAGAUACAUAAAUGUACUCCUUUAAAGCUGUUACUAAGCAGCUUUUGUUGGGGUGAGUUAAUUUAAAGAUUUGUGGGAACAGCCUAUUUUCUGACAGCUUUGGGAUAAUGUUGGAUUUUCCUGAGACUGCUGAAGGUUAUGGUAUUGUGCUCUUGGAGCAUCCUGGUUUCUACCUUGCAGAGUUACUAGGGUAGCCCUGAUACUUGUAGUUCUUCUAUCACAGAAUUUCUGUGGAGGUGCCAGGUGUUCAGGCACCUCCUGUACAGUGUUGUGAGGUUGGAGGAUCCCUGGCUCUCCUGAUGUUGUGUUACUACAGCAUAUUUGAAAUGAGCAGUAUCAGUUGUGAAAGAAUCUGUGGGUCCCGUGGCAAUGCCUUAGAAAAACUCUUUCAAAGCCUCCAUUUGAAGCUAUUUGUGCAUUAAAAAUACAUAACUUUGUACACAUUUCCAGACACUAAAAUGAUGUGUUCUUUUUUUGCCUUUUUUAAAAAAAUAAAAUGUCAAUACUCGCACUUUAUAA